GCGGGCGUCGGACCCCCAGGCGGAGCGACAGGUCUCGGGCCCUCAGGCGGAGCGACAGGUCUCGGGCCCCCAGGCGGGGCGGCGGACGCCGGACCCCCAGGCGGAGCGGCGGGCGCCGGACCCCCAGGCGGAGCGACAGGUCUCGGGCCCCCAGGCGAAGCGGCGGGCACCGAGUCACCAGGCACGACACAGGCACCGCGUCAUCUGGCAAGGCAGUGGGGCUCCAAGUCAACUGGUAUGACCGCGGGCACUGGGUCAGACAUUGGAUCGUCUGACUGGACAGCGGGCAUCGGGUCACCAGGCAUCAAGUCAUUUGGCUCGACAGCGAGCACCGCGUCAUCUGGCAAGGCAGUGGGCUCCGAGUCAACAGGCACGACAGUGGGCACCGGGUCAUCAGGUACCGGAUUGUCUGGCUCGACAGCGGGCAUCGGGUCACCAGGCAUCAGGUCAUUUGGCUCGACAGCGGGCACCGCGUCAUCUGGCAAGGGACUGGGCUCCGAGUCA